CACCUCAGCAACUGUCUGAAGGUGUUCAUCCAGCGGGACUACUCGGAGGGCACUGCCGUUCGCUUCCAGACGGCCAUGCCACCGGAGCUGGAGGGACGGAUUGAGCCGGGAGUGUUCGAAAACACGCUGACGACCAUCAACGAGAUAUUCAUGGAGGCGGAGGAGUUGAACUGUGCCACCUAUUGCGAGGGCUGCCUGGCCUGCCUCACCGCCUACUGCAUAUACACCUGCAUGGAUCCCCACUACGACAAGUGCGUGAAGAAGUGCUCGCGCUACAUCGUGGAGCAGAACGAGCGUCUAUGGCUGCCGCGCGGCCUGCUGCUCACCGACCCGAUCGAGCGCGGCCUGCGGGUCAUCGAGGUCAGCGUGCUGAACGAGCCGGCGCCGCAGCGGUGACGGGCGCCCGCCGACGCCGAGGGGGCC